CUGGCGGGCGUCGCGGCGGUGCGAGCCAUGGAGGUCCUUCCCGCGGGCGGGACGCGGGACCCGCUGCAAGCCGAGGAGGCGGCGGGGCACCCGGCGGCGGAGGGCGACGAGGAACCGCAGCCCCACGGCCGCACGAGCCGCACGGCGUCUCUGGUGAGCGGGCUUCUCACCGAGCUCUACAGCUGCACCGAAGAGGAGGAGGUGGCAGCCGGCGGGGACCGUGCAUCCCGGGGCCGCCCCCCGCGCAGCGACAGCUUGGAUAGUUCCACGGAGACCUCCGGUUCCGACGUGUUCCUGGGCGGCCGCGGCGUGGGCGACUCCCGGGUGCUGCAGGAGCUGCGGGAGCGGUCGAGCCUGCGGCUCCAGAUGCAGUACCUGCGGCGCAAAGACUAUAGUGAGCUGAAGACAAUCCUUCGAGAGCUAAAGUACAGGAUUGGCAUCCAGUCGGCGAGGUUACUCCGGCAGCUGAAGCAGAAAGAUAGGCUUCUGCAUAAAGUUCAGAAGAAUUGUGACAUCGUGACAGCCUGCUUGCAGGCUGUGUCGCAGAAGAGAAGAGUUGAUACAAAAUUGAAGUUCACACUUGAGCCGUCUUUAGGACAAAAUGGUUUUCAGCAGUGGUAUGAUGCCCUCAAGGCGGUCGCCAGACUAUCAACAGGGAUUCCAAAGGAAUGGAGAAGGAAGGUUUGGCUGACAUUGGCGGAUCACUAUUUGCACAGUAUAGCCAUUGACUGGGACAAAACCUUGCGCUUCACUUUCAAUGAGAGAAGCAAUCCUGAUGAUGACUCCAUGGGGAUCCAGAUAGUCAAGGAUCUGCAUCGCACGGGCUGUAGUUCCUACUGCGGCCAGGAGGCUGAGCAGGACAGGGUGGUGCUGAAGCGGGUGCUGCUGGCCUACGCCCGCUGGAACAAGAAUGUGGGGUACUGCCAAGGCUUCAACAUCCUAGCCGCCCUGAUUCUGGAAGUGAUGGAGGGCAACGAGGGGGAUGCUCUGAAGAUUAUGAUUUACCUGAUUGAUAAGGUACUUCCUGAGAGCUACUUUGUCAAUAACCUUCGGGCACUGUCUGUGGAUAUGGCUGUCUUCAGAGACCUCUUGAGGAUGAAACUCCCCGAGCUGUCUCAGCACCUCGAUGCCCUUCAGAGAACGGCAAACAAAGAGAGCGGAGGUGGAUAUGAGCCCCCGCUCACCAACGUCUUCACAAUGCAGUGGUUUCUCACGCUCUUCGCCACCUGCCUCCCUAACCACACGGUUUUGAAGAUCUGGGACUCGGUCUUCUUUGAAGGUUCAGAGAUCAUCCUGAGGGUGUCGCUGGCCAUCUGGGCAAAACUGGGAGAGCAGAUAGAGUGCUGUGAAACAGCAGAUGAGUUCUACAGCACCAUGGGACGUCUCACCCAGGAGAUGUUGGAGAACGACCUCCUGCAGAGCCAUGAACUCAUGCAGACUGUUUAUUCGAUGGCUCCCUUUCCUUUCCCACAGUUGGCUGAGUUGAGGGAAAAGUAUACUUACAACAUUACACCAUUCCCAGCCACAGUUAAACCCACUUCCGUUUCUGGGCGACACGGUAAGGCCAAGGAUAGUGAUGAAGAGAAUGACCCAGAUGAUGAGGAUGCUGUUGCUAGUGCUGUGGGGUGCCUUGGACCUUUCAGUGGGCUGCUGGCACCUGAACUGCAGAAGUACCAAAAGCAGAUUAAAGAAGUGAGUGAGGAACAGAGCCUGAGAUCCAACAACAUUGCGGAGCUGAGCCCGGGGGCGAUCAACUCCUGCCGCAGUGAAUACCAUGCAGCAUUCAACAGUAUGAUGAUGGAGCGGAUGACCACAGACAUCAAUGCCCUGAAGCGGCAGUACUCUCGGAUUAAGAAGAAACAGCAGCAGCAGGUCCACCAGGUGUACAUAAGGGCAGGGUGUAAAGAAGAAAAGGACCUGGGGUUCUUUUUAGGUCCCAAGGAGCAGGCUGUGGAUGACAAAGGACCAGUCACCAGCAUCCUCCCAUCUCAGGUAAACAAUUCUCCAGUGAUUAACCACCUUCUCCUGGGGAAGAAGAUGAAAAUCACAAACAGAACCACCAAGAACGCAGUCAUCCACAUCCCCGGCCACGCAGGAGGCAAAAUAUCUCCUGUCCCCUACGAAGACCUUAAGACAAAGCUCAACUCUCCAUGGCGGACUCACAUCAGAGUCCACAAAAAGAACAUGCCAAGGACCAAGAGUCACCUGGGCUGUGGGGACACCAUAGGGCUCAUAGAAGAGCAGAAUGAAGGCUGUAGGGCUAGCAGCCUGGGGGCGGCCGAGGAGUUUCCCUCGGGUUGUGCAGCGACAGCUGGCGGCGAGGGCAGCAGCAGCUGUGAUGGUGACACUCCCAGGACAAUCGAAGGGCAGUCUCCAGAGCCAGUAUUUGGGGAUGCUGACGUGGUUGAUGUGGCUGCAGUUCAGGUGAAAUUAGAAGCCUUGGAACUGAACCGAGGGGAUGCCCCUGCAGAAACUGAGCCCAAGGUGCACCUUCCCUGCCAGCCGCACGCCCCAGAGUCAGCCGAUGCUCCCGGAGAAAACCAGGCUACCAGCAAACCUCUCCCCGGCGGCAACUCAAAAGCCCCCAUCUUCAGCCCCUUUCCUAGCGUCAAGCCACUUCGGAAGUCAGCCACGGCCAGGAAUUUGGGAUUGUAUGGCCCUACAGAAAGAACGCCAACCAUGCACUUUCCUCAGAUAAGCAGGAGCUUCAGCAAGUCGAGUAUUGCAGGCAGCGGCAGCAGCUCCAAGAAGCGAUGACGCCUCCCAGCCGCUCAGUGUCUGGACUCACGUGGCACGGCGGCAUUAGCAUGCCAGCCACACCCUUCCUGUGUUGUUUGUCCAGUAAACAUGAAUUGAGAGGUUCGGAGCCGAGCGCCAAGAGCUCAUCCAAAUGGGAACUGGAAGUGUCGUGGUGGGAACCAGGGCAUCCACUGGGUCACUCGCCGUAAAGUGAAUAAGUGGAUUCUUGUGACUAAAUAAAUCGUGUGCUUCUCAGUUAUGGAUCUUCCCCAAUUUUCCUUGUGAGCUCCUUAGAAAAGACAAUAUGUAGACUGUUAAGCCCUCUUCUGGUCUUCUCAGGGCCUUUUGGUGGGAUCCCUGAAACAGCACCAUAUCCCCCUGGCCUUCCUGUCCCCCGGACACCACUACUACUCAAGCAUGAAUGAACACACCAGCUUGCUAGAUUUGAAACUGUAGAAAGUAACUUUCUUUCAAAAAAAACAAAAACAAAAAAACUUCCAGAUGUUCCUCUUUCUGCUCUGUUGGAAAGGGGAGAGAAUUUGUGUGUGUGUGUGUGUGUGUGUGUGUGUGUGUAUGUGUAUACUUUAACACCUGUCUUCACAUUGUUUUUUAUUCAUACACUAAAGCAUAGCAGAAAAAAAUCAAGAUUCUUUAACUUCCUAUUUCUGCCCAUGAAAAAGAAAGCCUUUGCACCAGUUGAAUAACAAAUUGGAGAGCAUUUGGAGACACACAUGUGGGCUAUGCAUUAAGCAACGACUCCAGACUGCUGAUUCCAACCUUUCCCGAGGCCCCUUUUCUUCUCUCGAGGAGCCAGUGAGCUCUGUGUGGAACGUGUGCAUCCUCUGACUGUGGUUCCUGUCCCCACCAGCUCUCUCCACUGCAGAUGCACAGAGCCUUUCCCAUCCAGAACACGGCACCCGUGACUGUUACUUGAAUUUUGUUCUUUAUGGGUUGGAGUUCUUUGUUAUUUGAACACUGCCUUUCUCUGGAGAAGGCCCCAGCUCUUUCCCUCAUGUUCCCCUUUUGCUCCUACCCUGGUCCCAGCAGGUCAGAGGUAGCAUUGUCUCCGCUAUGCAGUUGGGAACUCUGCGCCACCACACACACGAAGUGGCGCUCGCUUCAGUUACUCACGGUAAAUAAUCCAGUGUUCCAUAGGACCUCACUAUGUAUCUUCUAGUACGAUAAGCUGGCUGACUGCUCUUUGUCCAUGUGCACUGGCUACAGAGCUUGUCCGAGCCAAGACUAGGAAGCCAUUCACUCCACAGCCUCCUGACUCAACGGCUCUUUCUCUCCAUGGCAGAGUCCUGGGAUGGCGUUUACGGGAUGAGCUGUGAAACCUCCUCACCAUGAAAAUUUACUUCCUUUUCAAAAUGCUUUGUGCACCUUUCCCUUGCCUAAAUGAAGGGUUCCUCACUCAAUUGCCACCGUCAUUAGCAGAAUAGAGUGACAUCUUUACCUUCGUCUCUGGAAGUCUUUGGCCGUUCUUGCAGGAAUAUUGUUGGAGCCGUUGGCGUUCAUUUGAGCAAGUCGGUUCUCCAAUUCUGAAGCCAGAGCUGGUUUCAGAGGGGGCUUUUACAAUGAGAGGUACUCAUUUGUGGAAUUGUGUGGGCUUUUGCGAAUGAAAAGCCUGUACAGGAAUGACACAUUUCAUCCCCUACAUGUAUUUUUGCCCCAAAGGGCCCAAAAAUAGAAUAAGUAGUUAAUAAGUUAUUAUAGUUUCGGUAGGAGUUCUAUCUGAAGUUAGCAUGGCAGCUUGUUAACAGGUAGCCAUGUUUUUCCUAGGCCUGGGGAAGGAUGUGGGUUGGGGGAAGGGGGUUGGGCUUACUUUGCAUGCCACGCCCAGGUGAUGGGACCCACUGUUUCCUAAAGCUAAGCACAAGGAUUCUGUUAUCUGAUAAACUUUAGAUAACAACUGUUCAUCUCAUUGUCUCAUUUUCUCUCGAUCAUCCCAAUUAAGUCCCUCCCCCAACUGUCGGUCAUGUCUGACUUGAAUAAUAAGUUGUUUGCUCUCUACCAGGCUCCCUGGCUCCUGAGAGUCUGGGUGUUUGCAGGGGGGAGGCGGGUGAUCAGGUGGGGCGACUACCAGCCGUUCUAUCAAAUCUCCUCUUAUGUUUUGAGAAAGAGACAAGAGAGACCCGUACAGGGUAUGAAGUGAGUAUCGGUUGAAUGGGUAGUUGAAAGGGAAGUGUUUUUUUUUUUUUUUUUUUUGCAGUAAAAAUGACCAUGUCACUUUAGAAAACUCAACAGAUCCCCGUUAAAGCUCUCUGUACCAACACCGUGCAUGCACUGUACCAAGUAGUCACAAUGCCAGCAGGUCCACUUCUGAGCCUUUUAGAACAAGAACUCUGUCAUAGCCUCUCCCACAGCAUGUACAGAGGCCUGUAUCGACUCUGUCUUCCCCAAGUAUCUGACACUGUAUGCAAACACCAGAAGAACUUAACUGUAGGAGUUUAUUUCCAUGUCUGCCUGUGUCCCCUGAACACUUUUUUGGGGGAGUCAACACUGCACCUCAACCCUCUGUAAAAAACCCUCUAGAUCUAAACCUAUUUUGUAAUGUCCAUCUAUGGCUGUAACUGUUUGGAACAAUGUUCUCCCUUUCUCUUGUCUCGUUCUGCAGAACUGUACUGAUGACAAAGAUAUAUGCAUAAAGUUUCUCACUGUUGUA